UUAGUUUAUUAGUCAUGCUCACCAUUCUAGUUAACUGUGUCUUCAUGACUCUCCAAACCCCCACCCCUAUCCCCGAAGUAAAACUAGGCAACGAGUCCGCCGAUAUAGCCGAGACCGUGUUCACCACGAUAUACACGGCGGAGGCUUUAGUUAAAAUACUUGCAAGAGGAAUGAUUUUAGCAGAAUUUACGUACCUCAGAGACGCGUGGAACUGGUUAGAUUUUGUUGUGAUCACUCUAGCAUACUUAAUGUUUUUCAUAGAAGAGUUAGGCAACCUAUCUGCGCUUCGAACUUUUAGAGUGCUUAGAGCUUUGAAGACCGUAGCCGUAGUUCCCGGUUUAAAAACUAUCGUGGGUGCCUUAAUGGAAGCAGUGCGUCGCCUUCGGGAUGUAAUGAUAUUGACAAUAUUUGUCCUGUCCAUAUUCGCACUAAUAGGGCUACAAAUUUAUUCCGGGUCGCUGAACAGAAAGUGUGUCUAUACUCCAGAAGGCUUUUGGAAUUGGACGGAAGAAGAACAGCACGUGCAGGCAAAUGACUCAGCGAACUGGUUUGAAGGUCUGACGGGGCCAAUCGUUUGCGGUGAGCCUUCACCGAACAGCGAAGCAGGCGGAUGUCCUCCUGACUAUAGCUGCAUCAACGCAGGUCCACCCCCCAACUUUGGUUAUACCAGUUUUGAUAAUUUCGGAUGGGCAUUUUUAUGCGCAUUCCGACUUAUGACCCAGGAUUACUGGGAAAACCUCUACCAACUGAUCAUCAGGGCGAACGGUCCGUGGCACAUGCUGUUCUUCGUGUUGGUCAUCUUUCUGGGAGCAUUUUAUCUGGUCAACUUAAUCCUGGCAAUCGUGGCCAUGUCUUACGACGAGCAACAGAAGCAAGACAAGGCCGACCAGGAGGAACAAGAGCUGCUGAGAAAGGAAGAAGAGGAGCGCCGACAGCGAGAAGAAGGAGCACUAGCUAUGCCAAAAAGUCCAUCAGAAUGUUCGUGUGCAAGUUUGGAGCUGUAUAUCCAAAAUAGAGAGAACCAACUGAACGAUAAAGAGCGAAUUAGUAUCAAAUCAGACUGCUGUGCAUCUGGCGACACCAAACGAAGGUUGAGUGUACUCAAUGGAAAAGUGAAGAAGGCCAGUCUUAGUCUACCGGGGUCACCCUUCCAACCAAGAAGAGGGAGUAGAGCGAGUCAGUUCAGCUGGAGUAGAAAAAAUCGACAUCACCGAGGGGCAGCUGAUAGACAACCACUUGUCCUACCGUAUUUAGAAAACUUAAACCUACCAUAUGCUGAUGAUUCAAAUGCUGUCACCCCAUCUUCAGAAGAACUAUGCAACUUGCAACGGUCACAUCCGAACUUUUUGCAGGCACGCCGGGCGAGUCUCACCUCUCAUAACAGUAGGGUCUCCAGUUAUAUGGACCCCAGCGGCCGACCUACCCCAGGCUCGCGAAGAAGCAGCUUUUCCUCCAUACGAAGCAGGACUUCUAGAAAUAGCAGACAUUCCUACAGUUCGCCAGCGGAUGCACCUUGCAAGACAAAAGAGUUAGCUGCCAGAAGUAACAAGAACCGGGAGAAUAGAGCCACACAUCCAUUGCUGCCAGAGGUCAUUGUAGAUAAAACUAAGUCGGAUGAUAAUGAGUCUUCCAGUAGCGGGUCUGAAUGCGAAACAGUAAAGCAGAAACUAUUUGCUGACAACCCGUUCAUUUGCCGCACCCCAAGCCAAACCGUUGUAGAUAUGAAAGAUGUGAUGGUUCUCAAAGACCUUAUUGAUCAUGCCUCAGGCAAACGCAGAAGUUGCUUCAGCGACGACGGUGCCCAGAAGCAUGUCACUCUACGGGGUUUCUUCAGUGACGAAAGCCUGGAUAAGAAGGCAUUUAUCAAAGCCAAGAUGCACCAACUGUUCUGUGUCUGGAACCCACCGCGAUGGCUCUUGUUGCUUCAGAAGUACACAGCGUUGAUCAUUCUAGAUGCCUUUGCUGAGCUCGCCAUCACACUGUGCAUUGUAAUCAACACUGCCUUCAUGGCUAUGGAUCAUUAUCCCAUGGAAAAGGAUUUUGCGAAUACACUCAGUAUGGGAAACUAUGUCUUUACUGGCAUAUUCGCUACCGAGGCCGUGCUCAAAAUCAUCGCCCUUAACCCUAUCAACUACUUCAAGGAUAGCUGGAACAUUUUUGACAGCAUUAUUGUAUUCCUCAGCUUCCUCGAACUGGGUUUAGAGGGUGUCAGUGGCUUAUCUGUCCUUCGAACAUUCAGAUUGCUUCGUGUGUUCAAAUUAGCUAAGUCAUGGCCUACUCUCAACCUCUUGAUGGGGAUCAUCGUACGAACAAUAGGUGCACUGGGAAACCUAACAUUCGUGCUUGGCAUUAUCAUUUUCAUUUUUGCUGUAGUCGGGAUGCAAUUAUUCGGACAAAAUUAUUACACGAAGAAAGACAGGUUCACGGGAGGUGAAGUCCCACGUUGGAGUUUUGUGUCAUUUUUCCACUCAUUCAUGAUUGUGUUUCGUGUACUCUGUGGAGAAUGGAUCGAAUCCAUGUGGGAUUGUAUGCUCGUGAAUGGUUAUAUAUGUAUACCAUUUUUCUUAUUGACGAUGAUUAUUGGGAAUUUAGUGGUGCUAAACUUGUUUCUUGCUUUACUCUUGAGCUCUUUCGGGGCUGAGAAUCUUCAAUCUGUCUCCGCGGGCGAUAACGAACCCAACAAAAUGCAGGAAGCCUCGGAGAGGAUCAACAGACUUGUUAACUGGCUGAAAGUCAAAGCUAUGCAAUGCGCAAAAACUGUUGUCAAGAAGAGAAAAGCGGGACAGCGCGAGGGUCCUACCGGAGUUACCAAAACUGAUGACGUAAUCAUGGAUGGUGACGGCCCGGUGCGCAAUGGACGAAUUUGCGACAACCAGGAUUCAGGACUGGAAGAUGAUGAUCGUAAGAGUGUUAGCUCAGCGGGUUCAGAAUCUAAGAUUCAGCUUGACCAAGAAGAAAAGUACCCCUUGUUGCAGGAGACCGAAGCGCCCACGCGGCCCGCUAGCAUGGAGUCCAUGUGCAAGAUGAGGAAGUCCGCAUCCAGAGAUAGCAAGUUUAGCAACACCAAGGCGUCUACCCCUGGGACCGUCAGCAAAUCAUCAUUUGGCAAUGAUGACGGGAGCAGCUGCAUGGACGACAAACUUGAAGAUGGCGAGCCUGAACCCACCGACGUUGAUGUCGUCUUCGUCAAUUAUCCUGACGACUGCUUUCCAAGUUUCUGUAUGAAGCACGUAACCUGUAUCAACGCGUUCGUUCAGACAUCCGUUGGCAAGGUUUGGUGGAAAGCAAGAUGUUACACCUAUAAACUCGUCGAACACAAGUAUUUUGAAUCAUUCAUCAUGCUCAUGAUCGCUGCCAGUAGCAUAUCCUUGGCCGUUGAAGACAUCUAUCUAGAUAACCGCCCUUUACUUAAACUCACCCUUGAGUACUUAGAUAAGGGUUACACAGUCAUCUUCAUUUUCGAGAUGAUCAUAAAGUGGUUGGCGUUUGGAUAUAAAAAGUAUUUCACAGACGCCUGGUGUUGGCUUGACUUCAUUAUAGUCACUAUCUCGAUUAUUACUCUCUCCGCCGAGGCGUCGGGACAGGAGGGCACGAUGGGUUCUCUGAGAGCUCUCAGGACGCUCAGGGCUUUACGUCCACUCCGUGCUGUAUCAAGAUGGGAGGGGAUGAGAGUCGUAGUCAACGCCUUGAUCCAAGCCAUUCCAUCUAUCUGUAACGUGCUUCUUGUGUGUCUAGUCUUCUGGCUCAUCUUCAGUAUCAUGGGUGUUCAGCUCUUCUCUGGCCAAUUCUAUAAGUGCAUCAAUUUGACGACCACUGAGAGGAUAUCAUAUGACUUUGUCAAAUUGAGGAACGAGUGCGAACUCAUGGAGGAUACAAAAUGGAAGAAUUCACGUAUUAACUUUGACAAUGUGCUGAAUGCUUAUCUAGCACUCUUUCAGAUCGCCACGUUCAAGGGUUGGAUGGGAAUCAUGAACGACGCUGUUGAUUGUCAUGGGCGAAACGAGCAACCCUACAGAGAGGCUAACUUGUAUAUGUACCUUUACUUCGUGCUCUUCAUCAUCUUCGGUUCUUUCUUCACGCUGAAUCUCUUCAUUGGUGUUAUCAUAGACAAUUUCAAUAUGCAAAAGAAAAAGGCAGGUGGCUCCCUAGAGAUGUUAAUGACAGAGGAUCAGAAAAAGUACUACAAUGCUAUGAAAAAGCUAGGUUCAAAACAACCGCAGAAACCUAUACCAAAGCCACGUUUCAAGUUCCAGUUGAUAUUCUUCGCAAUCGUCACUAAUCAGAAGUUCGAUAUCGGCAUUAUGGUGUGCAUCUUACUGAACAUGGCCUCCAUGGCCAUUGAUCAUCACAACAUGAGCAAUGAAAUCAAGAACGGCCUGGAAUACGUCAACCUAGUCUUUAUUAUCAUUUUUACUGCUGAAUGUGUCAUGAAGCUUCUUGGCCUACGGCUUCAUUACUUUAAACAACCAUGGAACAUUUUUGACUUCGUCAUCGUGGUGUUUUCAAUUGUUGCACUUGCUAUGAAGAAAGUUUUUCAGAGCUUCCCCAUAUCUCCAACACUCAUUCGUGUGAUCCGCGUAUUCCGUGUUGGUCGUGUGUUGCGUCUAGUCAAAUCAGCGAAAGGUAUACGGACCUUGCUCUUCUCGCUAGCGGUUUCACUUCCUGCCUUAUUCAAUAUUGGACUACUUUUAUUCCUUGUCAUGUUUAUAUACGCCAUAUUUGGAAUGUCAUUUUUCUCUCGCGUCAGACAUACUGCGGGAAUUGACGACAUGUUCAACUUCGAGACGUUUGGCCGCAGCAUGAUCAUACUUUUUCAAAUAUCAACCUCGGCUGGUUGGUCCGAUGUAUUAGAUGCUUUAAUGAACGACACACCGGGCGAGGAUUGUGAUGACAAGUAUAUGGGACUUGACAAAGGAAACUGUGGAAACAGUAUGAUCGCUGUCUGUUUCCUCAUUACAUAUCUAGUUAUAAGUUUCCUUGUGGUUAUCAACAUGUAUAUAGCUGUGAUCUUAGAGAAUUUCAGUCAGGCAACUGAGGACGUGCAGGAAGGCUUAACCCAGGAUGACUUUGAUUGCUUUUACGAAAAGUGGGAGAAGUAUGAUCCAGAGGCCUCGCACUAUAUUCGAUUAGAUCAGCUAUCGGAUUUCUGUGACGAUCUUGAGCCACCACUAGGCAUUCAGAAGCCGAACUAUUACAAGCUUGUUGGAUUGAAUAUUCCAAUAUGUACAGACGAUCGCGUUCACUGUGUUGAUAUUCUGGAUCAGUUGACGAAAUAUUUCCUCGGUACACUCGGGGAGGAUGAGAAUAUUGGCGAGGUGAAACCGGGUGGCGCUAAUCGGGUGGAUUAUGAACCUAUUAGCAGUACACUUAAGCGACAAAGAGAAAUAUAUUGUUGUUUGAUAAUACAGCGAGCGUUUAGAGAAUGGCUGAAGAAUAAUCCAGAGAGACCUAAGAGAGAGCGGCCUCCGGUAGUGGCUACCAUUAUUGACGUAGGUGAUGAUGAUCAUGAGCCCGGUGAUCCGACUGGUGGUGAGAAUUCCAUCACCACCCCAGUUCCGGGUCAUGAACCAGCGGAACAGCUGCGAGGAAAUUCUGUGGCUAGAACUCCGCAGAAUGGCAAUCCAAAUGUGCAAAUUGCUGAUAGCAAAACUGUAGAAUUACACCCGGAAAGUGGUGUCGUUGCGUAAUGUCACUUGGUUUGGUCGAAUUCCGUUCUCGGUUUUGGCCGAGGGGGAAGCGAAAUAUAUACAAAAAUACUACGAAAAACUCGUUGAACGAAUGAAGUUCAUAGCAUUGCAGAGAUGAAAUACAAACACAUAUAUUCAAACAAGCUCAAAGGUUUUAACACUUUCAGAUCUGUUAAUUUUUACGUUGGAUUUUAUUCGCUGUGGAUGCCAUACGCGUACAUGUAUUUAGUGGGGAGGAUUCAAAGAUUGCACCUUCAUAUACUGUCUCAUGCUUGUCAUGGUUAUGCCAAUAAUUGUAUUGUUCUUCAAGUUAUAGGACGCCUGACUUCCAAAUUGUAUCACCAUGCCCAUGCAUAUUUGUUACGUGUGUACGUACGUGUACGACCUUUUGUACAGUAAGUCAUGUUCCCAUCAUUACAAUUAGUCAAGUCGGUCCUUCAUGUCUUUCAAUAACCUGGGCGAUUAUUUUUCUAAUCUUUGUAAAUUUAUUUAAAAGCAUGAGUGACCAAUUGCCAAUCCGUAAUGGAGAUUAUGUUUGGGUGCAAAGUAUGUAAACUGUUUAUAAAUUUAUUUUUGUAAUGAUUUAUGAAUCACAAUUAUUUGCAGAAGCAGUUAUCAAUUCCGUUUUGUGAGCUUUGGUAUCGUUAAUGUAUUCGGUUUCAUGUUAGGUCCAGUCAUCGCUUAAUCAAAAAUACCUUUAAUCAAACUUUAAAACACCAUAUAGUCGUCUUAGUCUAAAAACAAUUCGAUAAGUUUAUUAAGGAAUAACCACAGCGUUUCAUUUUUUGAUCGUUUGCCAUGCAUUUUAAAUCGAUAAGACCAGAAAACUAAUGGCGUAUGAAAUGUCAUUGUUUUAGACUUACUGAUCAUACGUCUUUCCUAACCAUAGGCAGUUUUCUAUUCUCCAUGUUAAAGUUGUUGCUAUGUAUGUAGGCAGGUCGGUCUUGAAAUUCGGAGGUGCUGUGGUAUGGUAUGCCUAUGAUCAAAAUCAUACAGCCGGAUUCACUGAGGUACUGCUACAAUAUUACUAACCGCAUCUGUUCGAUUCCCGCCAUUUAACCUCAGUUUCCGAGGUUAUAUGGGGAUCUGUAAGAUAUGGUGUUAAUGAACUUUAUUCAAGUUCUUGGAUAGAAACCACAGCACCUCUUGAAUAGAAAGCGCUGGCUUAUUAGUGUAUAGAAUAUGAACCUAGUCAUAAAGAAACAACGUGCUUUCCUCUAUCGCAAUCUAUAAGUGUACAGCGUGUUCAUGUCAAUAUACACGUAUUUGAAGUUUUAACCAGUAACUUUUACUCUUUUAAAAAUUCCUUACCGUUCACAACUUUACGAACUAUUAAAUUCCGUGAAAUCUUGAGGUUUUCUCUUUAAUGAAAUUUAUAGUGUAGUAUGAAAAACGUGUCGCGCUAUUGAGGGCGUGGUAUCAUGUUUGGUAAUUUACAUGACAGACUAAAUACUGUACGUUGUUCAGCUUGGUUCCACUUCAACGGAACACAUUGGAAUAGUCUCAUAUUGAUAUCAUUGAUAGGGUCUUCAGGCCGUUGAUUCACCCCUAUGGUGGUAAUAAGUACGGCCCAUUUAGUUGUGUUUCGAUGAAGCAGAACAAAGUGGAACUUACAAUGCGUAAUCUGUCUCGUGAAUCACAAGACUGCUUUUGCUUCUCCAAGGAUGUCUUACUUUGAGUUUAUGUGAAGAAGGAGAAGACGUGUUUUGAAAUGAAAGUGAAACUACGGCGACUUCACCAGCCCAAUUACGUGCAGCUAUUAUAUUGAAAUAGAGUCCAUUUUUUCAGAACAAAUUUCAGGCUGCAUGGGAACCUAUUUCUUUGUUAGAUAAAACAAAAUAGACCUACAUUAUUCAAAACUUUGUACAUUUCUUGUUUUAGUUCAAUUGACAAAUCUUUUGUGUGAAUUAUUGCCAUGUUUGUCACCCACCAAAAAGAUUUGUUAAUUAGGCUAAAACCAUGUACAAAGUAAUGCAAAUUUGUUUACCAGUCAAAGCAUAGAUCCCCAUGCAGACUAAAGUUUGCCCUGAAUGCAUGAACUUACUACAUUGCACCAUGUGAUUUAAAAAAUGACGUCACUAAGGUUUCACCUUAAGAUACAUGUAGACUGCAAGUGAAUUUAAGCACUUUGUCAUUGGUGGGAUCAAACUACAAUGUAUUGACUAUAAAAAAUUCCAGUCAUCUAGAAUAUAUGUCAAUAACAAAGUUACCGGUAUACAUCUUUCCGUUGGCCAAAACCUACUACUAUCGUUGAAAAAAAUUUUUUUAAAUAAAUAAACAUCAGUAGUAGUUACUAGUAGUUACUCGUUAAUAGUAGCAACUGUUUAAUAUCCAGAUCCAGUAGAAAAGCUGCCUCCUUUAGUUAUCACGGUUUUGUGGGGAGUGGCAAGUUGAUCUGCACAGCGUGUGAUGACGGUCGUGAUGACCACGCAAGUAUACUUAACUGGGUGUCCCGCCAGUGCUCAGAGCCGCCUAAAGUACAGUACAUACUUGAUAUAAAUGCCCAGAUUUUCAUUUGACUGGGAAAGCUUUGUCGGCAUUCAGUUUCAAUCAUACAUGGACACUGACUAUAUAGCAUACACAUUAGUGUUAAUUUCUAUUUCAUCGUAUUUUCGCCAAGAUUACAGCAUACUUUCAGAACACCAAGCACCUACUCAUUAUCAUUAUAAACACUAACAUUUAAGACAACUAUAUAUGUUACAAUAUCCAGUAUAAAUUGACCUACAAAGCGUUCCUAGUCAAAAGGAGCGAUCUGGGCAAAAUACGAAAUGCAGAAUUCAUACUUAUGAUAAACGGGUAUAGAUUUUCUUUUGACUUGUUCUUUGUAUUUCCUUAUGGAUUGUGAACAGCCAAUUCUUCAAGGAUUGUUAUACGUUUAUGUGUAUGCAGCCAGUACAUUUACCGUUAAUGCAUUGGCACUUGGUUUACUAUGUAUGGCUAUCUGUGGAUGCUGACACAAUUUCAAGUUCAAGUAUAGGUGUGUAUAUAAACUUAUCCAUAAAUGUAGUGAACAUGGCAAUUUCUCCAUUACUCCUCGUAACAUGCAACCAUGUACUAGUUAUUAUUGAACGAAGGUUGACUGAAUUUAGUACUACCGCUUCUAAUUGCAAACUAUGUACACCAUAACUGUAGCUUUAAAGGGUUAAUCUCACCCUUAUGGCAAUUCUAAUAAGUACAUUUGAGAUACGCCUAGAUACUCUAAGUUUUCUCCAGUGUUAUCUUAAGCGUAUUUCUGACUUUAUUUUAACUUAGUGCUGCGUUUGACUGCGAAUUUACACAUACAUGUACAACAAAUUACUGAAUCUCUGUGUUAAUACUUAACGACUGGCCACAACACGAACCCUCAGUCAAACAGAGCAACUCUGACGCCAACGCAUGCGAACCAUGAUGUUUGUUAUUAAUCAUUUGAGGCCUUUGAAUCAAAAUCACGGUUGGCUAAAGUCGGAAAUUUUUUUCCAAAUUUUGCAGGUUACGCAUGCGCAUUGAUAAGUAACCAAGGUAACCAAGAUAUACUUAUUCAAGAUCAUGCGUAACGCAGACGCAAAUUCUGGAAAUGUUGCUAAAACCGACCGCGGGGCCAAAAAUAUAGCCAGCUUGUCCGAACGACUCGGUACAAAUCGCUAUGAAGGUGUAAUUUGAGCACAUUACUCUCAAACCCCUCCAAAUUGGCGCAUUUUUAAGCAAUCCAACGGUAUUUCGAUAGGAUCUGUCAUCCCCAUCACUGUUUGGUGUACGCUGUGAAAGUACCUUUGCUCAGUAUUGAAAUUGAUAAGGCGAAUGUGAAAUAAUGCAUUUACAUGUAUUUGUCCGAAAUCUCCAGGUUAUUGGCAAUGGCAUCAGUCUUUGUCUUCGUCCCACCGCAUUCAAAGUAAUGAACAGUUACCUGUUAUUUGUUUUGUUGUAUUAUCCUCCGUGGUCAAAGAAUAAUGAGCACCGGAAAGUUAGCAAAUGUUGCCGACUCUUUCGGAAUGCAUUUGAGAGAUUAUGGCCCUCGUGGAGAAAGAAAGUCCUGUCAUACAGGCCCAUGACUAACUAAAACCGUGUCACACAUUUAGAGGAUGACUCAAUACACCAAAUUGAUAAUUGUAAAUCAUUAGUGACAUGCCACUGACGGAAGUUUCUGGGGAGAAUUCACUCCUUCUCCAUCCAUGUUCCCAUUAUUUUACUCGUCAUCUACCAUAAAAAAGUACCGUAGAGUCCGUCGCGCUCUAACCUGCUGGUAAUACGAGUCAGCGUACAAAUGAUCUCAUAAUUCUUUGACCAGAAAAAGCUGUAUUCAACUACAUGUACUUAAUCCUCCUGUGGUUUUUUGGCGGAUUUUUUUGUCAACAAAUAUUUCGUAAGCCUCAUAGCAUAAUUGCCUAAGUCAUAUUUUGGCCAAAAUGUGAAAAUUUUAUGUCUAUGUCACUUUUCUGUGAUAUUCAAGCAUUGCUUACUUAUUUAAUGGUUUUAAAAAUGUUGAGACAUCUGUUAUAAGUUUUUGUUAAAGUUCGAAUAAAAAUUUCCUUAGCGUUGUCUAAAAAAAUGGUUCUUAAAUUUUCCCAAAACCUUCAAAAUUAAUAUGAGUUAGGCAAUUAUGCUAUGAGGCUAACGAUUUGAUAAUUUCGAUGACAAAUUGAGGUUGACAUAAAUGCGCAUAAGGUAAUCACUUUUAACCACGUGACUACUCAACACACUCUGUAUCCAUAUUUUGAAAAAAAUGAUAAUUGAACUCAUUCCACAUAUCUGUCUCGGUAUGAUAUCGCGGUAGAGCGGUUGCUACUGAGCUAUUGACACUUAAUCAAAAGCUAUUUGAUAGGAUUAGUUCAAAUUUCGAACACUAUAAAUAAUCGCGAAUUGUUUUGCUGCAACUGCAGCCAAAGAACCACAUUUCUGUUUCUUUUCCGACUGUGAUAGACCUGUUGACUCAUACGUGUUUAUUUCAACUACAGAUGUAAAGAUUAUCAUUUGUCCUCUACAGUUUGUGACUCAUGUACGUUCCCUACGAUUUGUGUUGGUGUCCAAUUUGAGAAUGGCGGUGCAAAAUCGGAAAUGUACCUGUCCUGCUCUAGUUUUACACCCCUUUCCAUCAAAUUGGGCAUUUGUUAUUGCUCAGUAUCUUACUGAAGUCGUCUCCGAAACUCAUAGGAUGAUCUUGAGCGGCCAAAGAUUGGACAAAUUCUCCGGUCGCGAAUCGCCCGUCUAAAAGAAGCUAUCUGCCUGAUCAGUCGAUGGAACCGUUCUUCUGUUCUUCGUUUUAUGUUCCUACUACUUCUGCAAUCUUGCCUCAAAGCGAAACCAUCAUAUUAAGGUCGCGGGGAUCAACACUGGUCAGGACAAACCUCGUCACCAUCAUACAAGUACUUAAUGUAUUACCGUACUCUUUCAUUGUCAUUGAAUGGGCAAAACGGGUCAUGGGACGAGAUUGUAAUAUAAAGAUCAAGGAGGCUUCCUGAAGGGAGAUCUGUUUUUAGAUUGAUGUGAGCAACAGUAUAUGAUCUGACGGCCCAUUUAUGCACACCAUGGAAUCUGGCAGAUUAAUCUCGGUAGUGUUCUGAAAAUGAACGUCGUGGUAUUCAAAUAAGAUGUACAGGGUCUGUAAGACGCCAGUCGUUUUAGAUUGAGGGGACUGACAGUAUAUAUACUUCGUGUUUUCAGUAGACCGUUGAUAUAGAUAUCUCGUCAGACAACGGUAGGGGUUGCAUGGGGAAGUCAGUUCAUAUUCUGUCGAAUGGGUCUUCUCUUCAACAUAGUCAUUUGUAUAAAUCGCAUGCUUCAUUUUCAUACGCACUUAGGUGUCUCUACCCAGUUGAACUCGCUGAAUGAAAUCCUGCUAUUGGUCGGUGGCAUCCAAUGACAACAGACAUAACAUUCCGGAUAAAUAAACUAACUUUGAACCUUCAGUUUGAAAACGGGUGGAACCUCGCCUCUUUGUGGACGGAUAGUCAUCCAAACUUAUCUAUUGAAGUUCUUUCACAUUUACUGAGGUGGAUAUCAAACCUUUCUGCAUGUUCAUAUGCCAUUAGCAUGGAUGAUAAAUUCAAAGGUUGCCGAGCAGUUUUUUCUUGCGUCUCAAAAUUUAUAAAACAGAGAAAGAGUGCUUUCACUGGACGCCGCCUAAGACCUACAGGCUUACUCACUUUCAGUUUUGUAUCUUCUACAGCAAGUUUCAUUCGCUGGGAAGCAAAUGUAUUCAAUCACGGAUUUCUCGUCUUCAAUUUUUGCUGAAACGCCCUGUCACAUAUAGAUGGAAUAUUGUAUUUAGCAUAAUUAUCUCCUUGUGACAUCAUCACAAGGUUGCCUAUAUCCUAUUCUGCUUUUCAUUGGUUCUGUUCAGAGAUGUCCAUCUGGGUUAGACGGACAUAUUUUUACGCAUAAUGCAUGGGCAACGGGUCUAAUUUUGGUACGAAACAAAGGGUCUUUUUUCAGCACAUUGGUUGUGUGUGUGGUGUGGUGGAGGGGAUUUUGUAGAAGGCGUGGGGCACGUCGUUCUUGAAGGCAGAAGGUCAGACCUGUUGCCCAUGGAAAUAACAGAGCUUUUCUCAUGUGAAUAAACGUUGUCACGCAACUCUUGAUUGAAAGCAGUCUGCACGGUUGUCAAAAUUAAGAUUUUAAACAUUGAAUUUCGAGGAUAAACAAAGCAUCUUGUCACGAAUUUGUAUAGUUUUUUAACAACGUUCGUGUCCAGAUGCUAGAUCUUAUUCCAAUGAUUAUUGAUAGACACAUGAAACUCGUUAAACUCUAUGGAUUAUAUUUGUCAAUGUUUAGACUUGUUAUGAAUUAAUAUAUGCUCUAUCAUGAUAAGGAAGUAUGGCAAAAAUUCCAUAUUAUAACUAUACUUAAAAUACCAUUAUUAAAUAUUUUCAUGUGUUAUUGGCUUGUGGAAGUCAUUUCAACAGAAACAAAUUGAUGCAAAAUAUGAAAAAGGGUCGAGAGAGCAAGCGAGAUAUUAGUAAUGCCAACAAAAGUAUAAGAACGCCUCCGUGUGUUUUACAAUGGCUGUUCGUUGUCGCUUUAACGUCUUCAGCACCAUUGUGUGUCAGCCCUUAAGGUCUCCCUCUAGGUGUUUCAUCCUUCGUGUGUGGUGAAUAUUGGCUUUCUGUUUAAGAAUUGAAGAUACUGAUUCUGUAUUACGAAUCUGUGAGACCUUAAGGAUUAGUUCAGGUCCAUGUUGAUAUGGUUCAUUGCCUCUCAUUUCAUCAUGUCACUUUUGCACGUUUCAAGAGAUAAUUAGGUUGAUUUCAAAUUGUGCAUGUCGGCGCACAACGUCAUCUAUGCAAAACACCAAUCACUAUCAUUAAGUUUGGCUAAUUUAACUGCGUUGAAAUAUUUGAACAUAGGUAAUUUUUAUUGUAUAUACAGAUUGUAAAAACUGUUGAUUUAUUAGCUUGUCAUUCAAUUACAUUAAUUUUGUUUAUCAAAUUUCCGAAUCGUACCAAGAUAGCUACACACUUCCAACAGGUACAGGAGACAGUUACUGCUCCUGCCUAUAGUCCCCAUUUAAGAACCCCAAAAACUGGUGUGAAACACUGAACUUUUGAAUUGAAAUAAAGAUAUCGACCGUGCUUAAUGUCUGCCAUUUUUUAUCACUGCCGCUGCCUCGGUUUUGGCUUGUACUGGUACACAUGUAUCAGUUCCACCCUCGCGGUGUUCAAUACCUCCUGUGCUAUUGGGAACAACUUACGGAUGAUAUUGUACUGGUGUCAUAUUGAAGAUACGGGAGUGAUUACAAAGCUCUGCCAACAGGCGUGUUGAAGACAGUUGAUUUUAUUAUUGUGUAUAACCCCAUCAUCAGUUAACUUAAUUUCGUUUCAUGUUUAACGUGAUGUUGACAUGAAAUCAAAGUAUCAGAAUAGCACAAAGGAUUAUUCCUAGUAUUGCUCGCUAACACCUCAUCAUCAGUUUUGCUCAAUUACAUCAUGGCCUCUUCAUUAUCUUACGAAUUGGUUUGUAGGUGUUACUCUGAAGGUGCAAAACUGAAGGAAUCCAUGUCCUCUAAACUAGACCCCCCCCCCCCCCACCCCACCCCUCCCCAAAAGCUCCUAAAAGUAAUUGGUAUGUAAAUUUCAAACCAAACAUUUCUAUCAUGCUAUUCGCCGCAAUGGCACCAAAAUUUUGGUUGUCCUGUGUGAACCUAUCUUGGUCGGUCACCAUUUUAUACCUUGAGUGAUGAUGCACCAUUUGUUAAAGCAAUGCCGUAAUGUAUUAACAUUUUGCACUACUGUUCAGUUUUACUGUUGAUUCCUUAGUGCCAUUAUGAUGAAAAUAUUCGAAGAUUAUUCUCAUCAGGCUUAAGCCAAAGAAAAAAAAACACAGGAAUUUGUCUACUCAAAGGCUGUACGACUCCCUGUUCUUCUGAAGAGAUUUAUGUUCAUCACCAAUGAGUGGAACACUGAGCCGCAAACGCAUUCGCAAGCAGUUCUUGCUCUGUUCUUGAAAUUUUUGUGCUGUGAAAUGCUGUAUUAGGAUAUACGGUAGAUUGAAAUCAUAGAUAAGUAAUUUUACCGUUCAGUGUAAUCCUUCGUAGAGCACAAAGGAGAGUGUCAAAUAUUACAGAUUUGAGUAGAAAAAUUCUUUCUUUGGCUAUUGAAUGGUAAUGAUUAUGCAGUUUCUGUUGAAAUGCUCGCGAUGCACCUCAUCCAGUCACCUUGAUAUUUGAACUUGGAACAGGACGUUGUGAUGCUCUCGACUCGAUGUCCCGAUCUCGUUUUGAACCUUUCAUUAGUAGAUUGUAGUAAUCUAAUUCUAAAUGUCUAUAGAAAGUGCUCACGGUAAUUACGAGCUUUGUCACAACUCCUCGUCAUCUGGGAAUUCAUUAGAAGGGAAGAGGAAAUAAGUUAUACAUCUUAUUUGAGAAAAACAUUGAAUAAAGAACAAAUAUCGGAUGGGAUACAGAGUGAAAUUAUUUGGAUGGAAAUCCUUCUAGUUCAUAUUGGAUGGAAAAACUGUAUAGUAAUGAUGGUUUCCUGUCCUCUUCCUUUUUGUUGGCUCCAUUUGAAGCAUGCAUUUAGGAGACCAGGUUUAUCAACAUGUUCAUUUGAGGAGACGUUGUGACCUUGCUGUUUAUGCACCAAGAUUUAACUUGUGGAUGGAUAAGUUAAUUUUAGACUCACUCGAAAACUAACGUCAGUUGGGAGUUUUCAUAUACAUGUCAAUUUCAUACCAGUGCCACCCAGCGGAGACAGCCAGUUCUACUAAUGCUUUCUUUUAAAAUGUCUUAUAUUGCCAAAAAGGGUUUUGGAUUCUUCAUUCAGUGUGUGUAGAUAUAAAAGACGAUCAUGAUCAAAACCGUGCACACUGUACAUGCCAUGCAUCUUAUAAGCUGCAGAUUUUGUUUUUUAUAUAAUCCAUUUUCUUUAUGUAAAGGAGCGACUUAAAUAAAGAAUAUUAACUUACAAAUUUAAAGACAUUUUACAUGGUA